AUGAUUCUUGUUUCUCUUGGCUGCUCUUCAGGACAAGAUCUUGCUGUCGAUCCUGAAAAAUCAACAAAACGUCUUAAACGGAUCGAUUUCAGGAAAUUCGACAAGAAAAACCCUAAAGAAUGGUUUGAACAUUUGGAAAUUAUAUUCAAAUCGGAACAAAUGGUUUCUGACAGUCAUCGCUUUGCCUCUCUUCUUAAGCUUAUCGACGAUUCAGUCUCUCCUCUUCUUAGCUCGAUUACAAGAGCAAAGCCUGAUGACGCUUACGUCCAAGCAAGAGAAGUUUUAAUUGCUGAGUUCUCUCUUUCCAAGUUCGACAGGAUUAAAGCUUAUCUUCAAGACUCUUCUCCAGAAGCUGAUGAACGCCUUUCUCAGUUUGCAUCGAGGAUUGAAGUUCAUUUCGAAGAUAUCACUCUCGAUGAUGUCAGAAAAUUCACCGUGCUUCGUCAUGCGCCUCCGGCCGUCCGCCUUCAAUUAGCUGGUGAAUUCGACUCGACUGGUUUCAAGGAACUUGUGAGAAAAGCUGACACGCUCUCACAACGUGCUCGUGAAGAUGCUUUGGUGGUCGGAGCUAUUCAACAUCGCGGUAGAGGAAAACCUUCAUCAUCUUCCAACAAUGGAUUUGUCAACCAAUCUCGGCCAGGAAAG